CCGCCCCGGGGCGGGGCUCCCCUCGGCGCCCGACUGCCCUUUUCCCCGGCGGUCUCUGACCCGGCUGCUGCGUCCCUACCGAGCUCCGGACACGUGCCGAGCAUCCGGCUGUGAACUUUUGAGCAGAUGCAGCCCCAGGAUGACUCAAAAGUAGGGCAUCCUUGGCCCUCCUGAAGAGAUGAAAUUAGUGGCAAGUGGACCACCUAUCUGUAUGGCAUUAUCAGAUGCCUUUGCCUGAGUGAGAAACCUUCCUCCGCUGGGAUCCCGGCGGUCUGAUGGCCCUUUGUGACAUCCAAAUAAGUAAUAGUUGUCUGCUGGUUCUCAGCUUGAAGAAGAUUCUACAGUCCUUAUUGAUCCUUUUUCUUGGCGUUACCAUUUUUUGAAGCAAAGUUAACCUAGUUUUCUAGUUGAGCUUUCUUUUUGGCCAUCUUAACAAAAAAAAAAUUUUUUUUUUUUUUUUAAAUCUAUAAACUAGACAAGAGAUAGUUCUACAAUGUCCAAGUCAUUCCAGCAGUCAUCUCUCGGUAGGGACUCGCAGGGUCAUGGGCGUGACCUGUCUGCAGCAGGAAUAGGCCUUCUUGCUGCUGCUACCCAGUCUUUAAGUAUGCCAGCAUCUCUUGGAAGGAUGAACCAGGGUACUGCACGCCUUGCUAGUUUAAUGAAUCUUGGAAUGAGUUCUUCAUUGAAUCAACAAGGAGCUCAUAGUGCACUGUCUUCUGCUAGUACUUCUUCCCAUAAUUUGCAGUCUAUAUUUAACAUUGGAAGUAGAGGUCCGCUCCCUUUGUCUUCUCAACACCGUGGAGAUGCAGACCAGGCCAGUAACAUUUUGGCCAGCUUUGGUCUGUCUGCUAGAGACUUAGAUGAACUGAGUCGUUAUCCAGAGGACAAGAUUACUCCUGAGAAUUUGCCCCAAAUCCUUCUGCAGCUUAAAAGGAGGAGAACUGAAGAAGGCCCUACAUUGAGUUAUGGUAGAGAUGGCAGAUCUGCUACACGGGAGCCACCAUACAGAGUACCUAGGGACGAUUGGGAAGAAAAAAGGCACUUUAGAAGAGAUAGUUUUGAUGAUCGUGGUCCUAGUCUCAACCCAGUGCUUGAUUAUGACCAUGGAAGUCGUUCUCAAGAAUCUGGUUAUUAUGACAGAAUGGAUUAUGAAGAUGACAGAUUAAGAGAUGGAGAAAGGUGUAGGGAUGAUUCUUUUUUUGGUGAGACCUCGCAUAACUAUCAUAAAUUUGACAGUGAGUAUGAGAGAAUGGGACGUGGUCCUGGCCCCUUACAAGAGAGAUCUCUCUUUGAGAAAAAGAGGGGCGCUCCUCCAAGUAGCAAUAUUGAAGACUUCCAUGGACUCUUACCGAAGGGUUAUCCCCAUCUGUGCUCUAUAUGUGAUUUGCCAGUUCAUUCUAAUAAGGAGUGGAGUCAACAUAUCAAUGGAGCAAGUCACAGUCGUCGAUGCCAGCUUCUUCUUGAAAUCUACCCAGAAUGGAAUCCUGACACUGAUACAGGACACACAAUGGGUGAUCCAUUCAUGUUGCAGCAGUCUACAAACCCAGCACCAGGAAUUCUGGGACCUCCACCCCCAUCAUUUCAUCUUGGGGGACCAGCAGUUGGACCAAGAGGAAAUCUGGGUGCUGGAAAUGGAAACCUGCAAGGACCAAGACAUAUGCAGAAAGGCAGAGUGGAAACUAGCCGAGUUGUUCACAUCAUGGAUUUCCAGCGAGGGAAAAACUUGAGAUAUCAACUAUUACAGCUGGUGGAACCAUUUGGAGUUAUUUCAAAUCAUCUUAUUCUAAAUAAAAUUAAUGAGGCAUUUAUUGAAAUGGCAACCACAGAAGAUGCUCAGGCUGCAGUGGAUUAUUACACAACCACCCCAGCAUUAGUAUUUGGCAAGCCAGUGAGAGUUCAUUUAUCCCAGAAGUAUAAGAGAAUAAAGAAACCUGAGGGGAAGCCAGACCAGAAGUUUGAUCAAAAACAAGAGCUUGGACGGGUGAUACAUCUCAGCAACUUACCUCAUUCUGGCUAUUCUGACAGUGCUGUCCUCAAGCUGGCUGAGCCUUAUGGGAAAAUAAAGAAUUAUAUACUGAUGAGGAUGAAAAGUCAGGCCUUUAUUGAGAUGGAGACCAGAGAAGAUGCAAUGGCAAUGGUUGACCACUGUUUGAAAAAGGCCCUUUGGUUUCAAGGGAGAUGUGUAAAAGUUGACCUGUCUGAAAAAUACAAAAAAUUGGUACUCAGGAUUCCCAACAGAGGGAUUGACUUACUCAAAAAAGAUAAAUCCCGGAAAAGAUCUUACUCUCCAGAUGGCAAAGAAUCUCCAAGUGAUAAAAAAUCCAAAACUGAUGGUUCUCAGAAGACUGAAAGUACUGCUGAAGGUAAAGAACAAGAAGAGAAGUCAGGUGAAGAUGGUGAAAAAGAUACAAAGGAUGACCAGGCAGAACAAGAGCCUAACAUGCUUCUUGAAUCUGAAGAUGAGCUUCUUGUAGAUGAAGAAGAAGCAGCAGCACUGCUAGAAAGUGGCAGUUCAGUGGGAGAUGAAACAGAUCUUGCUAAUUUAGGGGAUGUGGCAUCUGAUGGGAAAAAAGAACCUUCAGACAAAGCUGUGAAAAAAGAUGCAAAUGCCAGUGCUUCUGGAGCUGCAAAGAAAAAGCUUAAAAAGCGUCGUUUCCCAGGGAAUAUGGAAGGUUUUGUCACUCUAGAUGAGGUUGGUGAUGAGGAAGAUUCGGAACUUCAGAAACUUCGUAAAUCGGGCAUGGCAUUUAAAUCUGGUGACAAAAAUGAUGAUGGUUUGGUUGAAAUUAAGGUGGACAAGAUCGAGGAACUUGACCAAGAAAAUGAAGCAGCGUUGGAAAAUGGAAUUAAAAAUGAGGAAAAUACAGAGCCAGGUGCUGAAUCUGCUGAGAAUGCCGAUGAUCCCAACAAAGAUACAAGUGAAAAUGCAGAUGGCCAAAGUGAUGAAAACAAGGAGGACUAUACAAUCCCAGAUGAGUAUAGAAUUGGACCAUAUCAACCCAAUGUUCCUGUUGGUAUAGACUAUGUGAUACCUAAAACAGGGUUUUACUGUAAGCUGUGUUCACUCUUUUAUACAAAUGAAGAAGUUGCAAAGAAUACUCAUUGCAGCAGCCUUCCUCAUUAUCAGAAAUUAAAGAAAUUUCUGAAUAAAUUGGCAGAGGAACGCAGGCAGAAGAAGGAAGCUUGAGAUGUGCAAGAAGCUUAAUUAUUUCAAAGAAAAUAAUGGUUCUUUGUUUUUAAAUGUUAACCUUUUUUAAAUACAGUACUGAUAGUUAGAAGAAAACUAUUGUAUUCUUUUGUUUUAGUGGAAAAUAAUAGAUAAUAGAUGUCUGUUCAUGUGUUAAGUGUUAUAGCAAAAAUACAUAUACGGUUAAGUUAAUGAAGAAUUGUUUUUGUUUUAUCAAAAUAGUAACAGACAGAAAUACUUUGUAGAGACUGACUUCAUAUGCUAAAGAUACUUGCACCACUAAGAAAGAUAUGUAGAAGCAUUCAGAGAAAUGAAAUUUAGUAGUUCCAAGCUUCAGAGAUAUGUCAAAACUUUUGAUUCCAUUCAAUAAAGAACAAAACCAAUUGUAUUUUUAUUACUUUCAUCUGAAACAUUCCACAUUUUAAUCUGAGCCUUGCAGACUUUUCAUUUGGAGUUUGAAGCAUUUUUGGUUUUGUUUCAUUUAUGGAGAACUUCACUAAUGUGAGAUUGGUAAUUAAAAUGCAGGUGCAGUUUUCUUUCAAUGUCAUGUUGUUUAGAUAAUAAGAAAUAUUAAGUAAUUGGCUUUAGAUUUUGUAAUUUUUUCCCCUAAGUUCCUGCUAGAUUUCGUAUUCUAGAAGUCAAUGUAUUUUCAGUGAAAUGUAAAAAUAUUCCCCUUCUCUUUGACCAGUAUUAAUUUCUUGAGAUCUUAUUGCUUGUCACUUGAAUCCUGUAGCUGUCAUACAUCAUCUGGUAUAAGCAACAUUUGAUUUUUGAAGUGUGUAGACCAUCUCUUUGUAUUUUCAGGAUGUAAUUUUACAUUUCUGCAUUUUAAAAACAGUUUGGCCAUAAUCUUAGACGCACGCUUCUAAUUCAUAUACUUGCAUAUGUGACCUUUGUGAACAGAAAUUUGCAUGUAUAAUCUGUGUUUACUUGUAACUUUCUGGUUAUAUUAUAUACUGCUUAUAUCUGUGGAUUCAAGUUUCUUAAGUGAGUACCAAUAAAAAAGAAAAACCUAGGCCAUGUUCAUUGGUUAUACAUGUUUGAGGUGUUAACCAAUAUAUUUGUCACAGUUGUGGUUUUUAUUUACUGUUACACUUUCUUGCAUGCUUUAACAAAUUAUUCCAUUUUUAAUCUAGAGUGUUCUAAAAACUGCUACUAAAAAUCUGAGUUUUAAAGCUUUUGGUGCUGGUGGAUUUCUUGUUCCUGUUACAUAAGUAAAAAUUGGACUAUUCAUAGUCUUUUCAGACCUUCGGAGUUCAAAACGCUAAGCUCAUGUUUAGACAUGUCUAAGUGUUAACAAUAAACUUGGAAAUAACAUGGAAUAACAAGAAUUAGUUGUAUCAGCCUUUCAAAAUAUGUUGGGAUAAUUGGUUUAAGAGAUUACUGUCAAGCAGAUUUUUAAUUUAAAAAAGAAUUUAAGAGAUUCUCUUUGAACCACUUAGAUCUAUUAAAGGAUGUAUCAAAUGGAAGAAAUUUUAUGAUCUACCACUGAGGGGAAAAUGACACUUUAAUGUAACAUGCACAAAAAAUCCUUGCCAGUUUACUUCAGUUUAAUUUUGGCCUUUACUCAUUACCAGCUUUUAAUUCCAACUGUUAACUAACAGUAGCUAUAUACAAAGCAUUUUGUGUACAGUGGCAUCCCUUGUUUUCUGUCAGCUUUUUUUCAUAGGUCUUACUUUGUUAGUUAGAUAUACCAAGGUGUAGAAAAGAAUGUUUAAUAUCUUCAUUUGCUAGGGUUUGGAAAGUAUAAAUUCUCAUAAAUUGCUAAUGAUGAAUAAACCUGUAACAGCUA